AUGCUCAAUUCAAUUAGUGUACCUGUGUAUAUGGAGAAAAAAAUUUUCUCGAGUCAAGAAUUUAUUCUCUUGACUCAAGAAAAUCAUUUUCGUCAACAUGGAAUUCUUGGUUCAAGAGUUUGGCUCUUGAGUCAAGUCAAUUUUUUUAUCAGUGUACGUUUAUUAUUUAUUACGAUAGGAAAUAUUUGCGAUAUAGGAAACGAAUUUGCAGAACAAAUAAUAUGA